CUUCAGAUCAACCUCUGACAAGUAGCUUUUAAGACUCCAUAAAUGCCUUCAGAACUGGAGGCCAGGGAUUGCCAAUGCAAAAUCAAGUAACCACGACAGGCUUUUUCUGGCUUUGUAAUUUUUUACUUUCUUGCAUCAGAUUGAGGAGGAUGGCCCAAUUCCCCUGUACUAGGUCACAGAAGAUAUUUAGAUAGCCACAACCAGAUACAGCUGGGUGGCAGAAAGUUCACCUGUUUUCUUAUAGGUUCUGAGGAGUGUCAGGGGGUGGACGUGUGGCUCUUUCACAUGUCCUUGCUGGGUUUAUAAAGCUCUGGCCUCCAAACGCAGCCAGGGAGACAAAGGCAGAACUCGCUUUUCCAUUGUGGAGAUUGCAACAUUGUGGUCAUCCUCAACAGAGCUCCAGCUCUCAAAUCAUUCAGGGCCAUGUUGGGGCUGCAGUUUGUUCUGGGUAUUCUCAUAUUCCAUUUUGGUGCUGCACAGGAGGCUACGUUGCAGUAUGUCCUAGUAGUGCCUUCAGUACUGCAGAGUGGCUCUGCAAAUACAGCCUGUGUGCAACUUCUCAACCUCAAAGAGACUGUAAACCUGAAUGUCUUUCUGGAAUAUGAGAGGCGUAAUGUAACUGUUUUCCAAGAAGUUGUGCGAAGGAAAAGCUUGUUCAAAUGCAAGUACUUUGUGGUCCCUGAGGCCAGUUCCAACCCUGUGGCUUACAUCACCAUCUCUCUCAAAGGCGCCACCGUCAAUGUGACAGAGAGGAGGGUUUUGGCCAUUCAAAACAAAGGCAUCGUUGUUUUCGUUCAGACUGACAAACCCAUCUACAAACCUGGACAGGAAGUGCUCUUCCGAAUUGUUUCUCUAAAUACGCGUUUUCAACCUGAUCCUCAAACUUAUCCUUUGGUCACCAUUCAGGAUCCCCAGAGGAACCAGAUAUUCCAGUGGAGAAAUGUAAUGUCUGAGAUCUCUAUUGUUCAGCUCUCAUUCUCAAUAAUUUCGGAGCCAAUACUGGGAGACUAUGAAAUCAUCGUGCAGAGUCAAUCGGGAGCUAAGACCUCCCAUACAUUCUCUGUCAAGGAAUAUGUAUUACCACUGUAUGACAUCACUAUCAGUGCACCGAAAACAGUCUCUGUGGAGAAUCCAGAUUUCGUUGUGAAGGUGUGCAGCUCGUAUACGUAUGGGCAGCCAGUUGAGGGGAAAGCUCAGCUCAGUGUGUGCAGAAAUCUCAAUUUUUAUGGAACUUGCAAGAGGGACCCUAUCUGUGAAUCUGUUAAUGAAGAACUGGGCAAAGAUGGCUGCCUUGCCCAUGUCUUCAGUUCCAAGACUUUUGAGCUUAAUCGUUCAGGGUACUGGAUGAACCUAGAUGUGAAAGCCAUCGUCACUGAGAAAGGAACAGGGAUUCAGAGUGAACGUUCAGCCUACAUUUCAGUUUCUCGGAUACUGGGGACUGUGACAUUUCAGAAUAUGGACCGGGACUAUAAAAGGGGGAUCCCCUAUUGUGGUCAGAUAAAACUGGUUGAUGUUGAUGACUCUCCCCUUGGAAAUGAGAUUGUCCAACUACAUGUCAACAACAAAAAUGUGGGCAACUACAGCACCGAUGGAAAUGGCACCGCUGAGUUUUGUAUUGAUACCUCAACAUUCUUUAGCUCAGAUAUCUCUCUCAGACUAAUAUAUAAACCCAAUGAAAAUUGCAACAGCGAUGGCUGGUUAUUACCCUACUAUCCAGAGGCCUAUCAUUCCGUCCAGCGCUUCUACUCCAGAACAGAUAGUUUUGUGAAGAUACACCAAGUGCCAGGAGAGUUGCCUUGCGACCAGGUCAGCAAAAUCAAAGUCUCCUACAGCCUGACUAUAAAAAGACGGAACACUGCAACCUUCUAUUUCUUUGUACUGGUGAAGAACAAAAUUAUAAACUCAGGCAGAAAAGUUGUCACCCUCAGUCGUGAUGAUUCGGCAGCUUCCAAAGGCCACUUUUACAUCUCACUUUCUGUCGAUGCAAACAUGGCUCCCGUUGCCACGCUGCUGGUCUAUACUCUACAUCCUGAGAGGGAGGUGGUUGCUGAUACUGCCAGAUUCGAGAUAGAAAAGUGCUUCCACAAUAAGGUCAGCCUCCAGUUCUCCGUGAAGGAAGCUCUUCCAGCUUCAAAUGUCAGCCUCGAUGUCAAAGCUGCUGCCAACUCCCACUGUGCUCUGCGAGCUGUGGACCAGAGCGUUCUUCUCUUGAAGCCAGAGACAGAAUUGUCAGCUGAAAGUGUCUACAGUCUCCUUAGCUAUGAUAUGUUUGGUUACUACUUCAAUGGGUUCAACCUAGAGGAUGAUCCCCAAGAGCCUUGCAUUCCACCAGACAACAUAUUUCAUGAUGGCUUGUAUUAUGUUCCUGCUAGCUUCAACUAUGGGCCAGAUAUCUAUGGAGAAAUAAGAGCUACGGGUGUAAAGUUUGUAACCAACUCCCGGCUUCGGCAACCAGUUAUAUGCUCCAGUGGCCGUGGUCCUUUUCGGCCUUUUGAGGAGUCAUCUGAAAUUUUUGCCAGAACCACAUCUGGCCCUAUCUUUGCAGAAUCUGUGCCACCGCCACCGCCACCACCUCCUUCAGGAGACGUAUCUCGAGAUAGAGUUAUUGAGACUGUUCGGAGGUUCUUCCCUGAAACUUGGAUCUGGGAACUGUUUGGUAUUGGUUCAGAUGGACAUGCAACACUCACCUACACCGUCCCUGAUACCAUCACGGAGUGGAAAGCCAGUGCCUUCUGCUUGGAGAAGCAGGCUGGGUUUGGCAUCUCCAGGCCUGCCACCCUGAUUGCCUUCCAGCCAUUCUUUGUUCAUAUGACGCUGCCUUACUCCAUAGUUAGAGGGGAAGAUUUCCUCUGCAGAGUCACUGUCUUCAACUACCUGCAGGAAUGCAUUCAGGUCAAUGUAUCAAUGGCCAAAUCCCGGGAUUUCCAAGCCCAACUUCUCUCACCUUUGAAUGAUAAAGGAUGUGUGUGUGGCGGUGAGAGGAAAACAUACAUUUGGAAUAUUAGCGCUAAAAAACUUGGUGCUGUGACCUUGUCUGUUACUGCUGAAGCUCCAAAAAACAGCGGGGACUGUGGAAAUGGAACAUCUGGGGGCUUGGAUGUGGGACGGAAGGACACCCUGGUCAGAGAAUUGAUAGUAGAGUCUGAAGGCAUUGAAAGAGAAUUAACCCAGAGCAGCCUUAUCUGUGCAGAAGGUGCUGUCGUCUCUGAGCCAGUGUCUCUGAAACUCCCUGAAAAUCUGGUGGAAGGAUCAGCCAGAGCUUACUUCUCUUGCAUAGGAGACCUCAUGGGCACAGCCAUGCAGAACCUUCAUCAACUUCUCCGGAUGCCCUAUGGCUGUGGGGAGCAGAACAUGGCGCUCUUUGCACCCAUCAUUUACGUCAUGGAGUAUCUAAAUGCAACAGGACAACUGGAUGAGGAGACCAAAUCCAAGUCCAUUGGAUACUUAACCAGUGGGUAUCAGAGACAGCUGUCCUAUAAGCACCCAGAUGGAUCCUACAGUGCCUUUGGGAGCAGGGACAAGGAAGGCAACACCUGGCUCACUGGCUUCACGUACAAGUCUUUUGCAAGAGCUUCAAAGACCAUUUUUAUUGAUCCAAAUGUCCAAACUCAAAGCGUCAUCUGGCUGUCCAGCAAGCAAAAAUCAGACGGAUGUUUCCAAAAUGUUGGAAAACUCUUUAACAACGCAUUGAAGGGAGGAGUAGAAGAUGAGCUUAUGCUGUCGGCCUACAUCACUGCAGCUCUCCUUGAGUCUGGAUUCCUCAGCUCGCAUCCAGUGGUCCGAAAUGCCCUGUAUUGCUUGGAGGCCGGAUUAGAAAAGGGAAAUCUCACUGUCUAUGACCAAGCACUUCUUGCUUACGCCUUUCGCCAAGCUGGUAAUAAGCCCAAAGCGGAUCUCUUAUUGGAUGAGCUGAUUAAAUCGGCUACGAAAGUAGGUGGCUCGUUAUAUUGGGAGCGUGAGGAUAAGCCACCUGCAGAAGAGUCUCCUUCCUUCUACCCUCGUGCCUCAUCAUUUGAGGUCGAGAUAGCUGCCUAUGUGCUCCUUGCACUGCUCACCAGAACCACACCAACUCCAGCACAACUGACAACAGCUUCGCAGAUUGUCCUUUGGCUUACCAAGCAGCAGAAUCCUUAUGGAGGCUUCAGCAGCACCCAGGACACAGUAGUGGCUAUACAAGCUUUGGCUCUGUUCAGCCAAUAUACUUUCACUAGCCAGAACUCAGUCAGGAUCCAUUCCAACAAGCCUUUUGAGAGAGUCUUUGAAGUGAACAAUGACAAUCGCCUAUUGCUGCAGCGGACUUCCCUGCCUGACGUUCCAGGAGAGUAUACGGUGGAAGUGAAUGGCACUGGGUGUGUCUUUACACAGGCAGUUAUGAGAUACAACGUCCUUCUUCCCAAAAAGUCUUCUGGGUUUUUCCUCUCUGUGCAGACGGCAAACGUCUCUUGUGGAGACACCUUCCAGGCAAAGUUUGCCAUUGUCAUCACAGCCAGUGACUGGUACAGGGAACAACUUCCACUGUGUGGGUAUCUCACCUGA